UCUUUUCUCAAUGCAAACCCUUCAAUUCUCAUCCUCUCUCCUUUUAUACCUCAACCACGAAGCCAACACAACUUUUGAAUGCAAGUCGACGGCAUGUUGCCUCACCGGUCGGAGAUACUGCCGGAAUAAUUUAAUAUCCGGCAUUAGGUAAACACAACCCAUCUCUCUCUCCAUUUAACAUUAGGUCGAACUUUUCCCCCAUUUCCUCCAUGAUCGUCUUCCUUGCCCCUCUUUCCCUCAUUUCCCGCAAAGAUGUCUAUCUCAAUCACUACAUCACCGUUGGAAAUUUAUGUGCUUCAGUAGAAGAGUGGACAGUUGGUAGAACCGAACUCACCUCACUCAUGGAUGUGGAGAGGAGAUAUGUUUGGCGGCAAUCGAUGGAAAGUUCGACUGGAUCAAUAUCAUCACUAUCUGCUGGAUUGGGACCUAGCGAAUAUGUGAGCGGAUGCAGUAAAACUUCUUUGUUAGUGGUUUUGACUCUCAUUCAUCACUUAUUUGCUGCUCAUGGUUUCACUUUAUGCAUAAGAGCAGAAGGUGAGAAUAGACACUAAUUGGCAAGAGAAAAAAAGCUUUCCUGUUAUUUGUUCAGGCUGCACAUGUUAGAAAUUUUAGGAAUAUCAA